GGAAGGCCCAGCAAGCGGGCCCAUCAUCCAUCGACAAGAUACGCUGAGAAGGAUUGGGUACUGAAGUGAGUCUUUAUAAAUAGCGCAACUGUGUAAUUGGAUGUUGGCGAAUUGGUAAUGGCUGAGGCCAUUGGCUUGUAAAUCAAUCCUUCCUCUGUAAUCGAAUACAUCAAAGAAUACAGAGUGAAUACGAGAUGCCGCCAUAGCUUUCCCCUUCCAUCUCCAAUCCCUAGCUAGAUCCUAACAAUUGGUACUCAGAGCCAAAAAUUCCCCACCACCCUUCCAAUCUCGAGCCGGAGCCCGUCCACGAAAUGCGUCUGGCGGCGGCGGCGCGCCGACGGCACGAGCUCAUGGAGAAUCUCACCCCGGAGGGCAAGGCCAUCUACGAGACGGUGUCCCAGGAGAGCGAGGCCGCCCACGCUCGCCACCAGAAGGAGCUCGACGCGCUGAUUGUGGCCGCGGUGGGCAGCGCGGUUGAGGCGGCGGUGGCGCGUUCGGUGGGCGCGGCGGUCGACAAGGCGGUGGGCGCGGCAGUGAGCACCAUCAUCAACGACAUGCAGGCAUACACAGACGGCGCCGAGGCGGAACUGCUGAAGCAAAUCCACGAGCUCCGCAAUUCCAAGGGAUUUACCUCGCGGGACAGCGACCAGGAAGUUUUCGAUCGGUCGCCCAAGGGCGCGGUGGAUCGAGCGCCAAUGAGGCAGCGUCCGUCGACGACGACGCGGGGAGCAGGAUUCGGUAUGGCCGCGCCAUAUGUCCCUCCUCCGGCCCGGGUAGUCGCUGAGGUAUCUCGUCCCAGCUCGUCCUUCUCAAGUUUACUGCACCGCGAGAAGAGGAGCAGCUCAUACUCGUCAUCAGGGCAUGGCAAGCCUUCCUCUGUUGAUUUUCCUCGAUUUGAUGGCGAGAACCCAAAAUUGUGGCAAACCAGAUGUGUGGAUUACUUUGAGAUGUUCGAUACAGACCCCGAUCUAUGGAUUGCUAUCGCGGCUAUGAAGUUUGAAGGAGCAGCAGCUCGCUGGCUCUCAUCUGUUCAGCAUAAAUUUGUGUGAUCUUCAUGGGAAGAGUUCUGUGAAGCUGUGCUUAGCCAUUUUGGACGGAACCAACAUCAGUCCUUGGUCCGUAAACUGUAUCGCCUUCAUCAGACCGGAUCAGUGGAAGAUUAUGUUAGUCAGUUUUCUGAACUUAUGGACCAGUUGACUGCUUAUGAACCAGAGCCAGAUAUGCUGCACUAUACAACCCGUUUCAUGGAUGGUUUAAAGCCAAGUGUGCGUAUGACAGUAGCGGUGCAGCGACCUGCUGAUCUCGACACUGCUUAUUCCAUUGCUGCAGUACAUGAGGAAAUGGGAGAGCUCGAUAGUGAUACUUAUACGUCUGGUCGUCGCUCUUUUUCCUCAUCGGGGUAUGGGCGUUCUGACAAAAUAGUUCCUGUCAAAGCUAUUGAGGAAACUAGAGACAAGCCUAAGGUGAAUGCUCUAGAGGAUAAGUUGGCGACACUUAAGGCUUAUCGCCGAGCAAAAGGCCUUUGUUUCAUUUGUGGUGAGUGCUGGGGUCGAGAUCAUAAGUGCAAUCAGACUGUGCAACUGCAUGUAGUGCAAGAGAUGCUAGAAUUUUGUGCCUUGGAUAAUGGUGAUUCUGAGGAUAGUGAUAUGGAUCUGAUGGUAUUGUCAGCUGACACACAAACUGCAACAGGCGGCUCUUCGGCUAUCAGGCUUGAUUGUCAACUAGCUGGUCAUAAGGUCAUCUUCUUGCUUGACUCGGGAAGUUCCCACUCAUUCAUCAGUGAUCGUUUAGCAGCUCAUGUGCCUGGUAUGCAACAGUUGCCCAAACAACAGAGUGUGAGAAUUGCUGGUGGUGGACAAUUGCAGUGUACACAUGUUAUUCCUCAGUGUUUGUGGUCAGCUAGCGGACAUGAAUUUGAUUGUGAUUUCAGAGUGCUACCAUUGAAACAUUAUGAUGGCAUAGUGGGAAUGGAUUGGCUUUCUUCUCUCGGCACUAUGCAAGUGAACUGGCUUGAAAAAUGGUUGGCAUUCGAGUAUAAGGGAGCUCCAAUAUUUUUGCAAGGACAUCCCCCUGCUUCAUUUAACUGCACUGUGGUCGAGCUUCAUUUGGUUCAACCAGCUAGUGACAAGAGUCCUAUUGUUCCUCUUCCGGCACCUAUAUAGGAACUGUUGGAUGAAUAUGCUAGUGUGUUUGCUAUUCCCACUUCUCUUCCACCGCGACGAGCUUGUGAUCAUCACAUUCCUCUGAUGGAAGGAGCUCAGCCAGUAAAUAUCCGACCCUAUAGGUAUUCUCCAGAACUAAAAACAGAAAUUGAGAAACAGAUAAAAGAAAUGCUGGAAUCUGGAGUAAUUUCACCUAGUUCAAGUCCUUUUGCUUCCCCUAUUAUCAUGAUUCGCAAGAAAGAUGGGACGUGGCGACUCUGUGUGGACUAUCGGCACCUUAAUCUGAUCACAUUGAAGACCAAAUAUCCCCUACCUGUGAUUGAUGAGUUACUCGAUGAAUUGACAGGAGCAUCUUGGUUUUCAAAGCUUGAUCUCCGUGCAGGUUACCAUCAAAUUCAUUUGGCUCCGGGUGAAGAAUAUAAAACAGCUUUCCAUACGCAUAAUGGACAUUACCAGUUUAAUGUCCUAGCUUAUGGUCUAACAGAUGGCCCUCCUACUUUUCAAUCUGUCAUGAAUUAUGAUCUGGCUCCAGUGCUACGUAAGUGUGUUGUUGUAUUCUUCGAUGAUAUACUCAUCUAUAGUCAGACAUUGGAAGAUCAUAUACAACACUUGAAAGAGGUGCUGCAAUUGCUUUAAAAACACCAGUGGCAAGUCAAGAGCUCCAAAUGUGAAUUUGCACAACGUCGUAUUGCUUAUUUGGGAUAUGUGAUUGAUGGCAAUGGUGUCUCUACUGAUCCAGCAAAAGUAUCUACUGUGCAAGAGUGGCCAGUCCCUGCUAACCUCAAGGAAUUGCGUGGGUUUCUUGGACUAUCUGGAUAUUAUCGCAAAUUUGUCCAACACUAUGGUAUGAUUAGUCAACCUCUCACUCAAUUGCUGCGCAAGCAUGUCCCUUUUGUGUGGUCUCCAGCGGCACAACAGUCCUUUGAUCAACUGAAGCAAGCUCUUACUACAACCCCUGUCCUAGCCUUGCCAGAUUUCUCUAAGCAAUUUGUUAUUGAAACUGAUGCAAGUGAUCUAGGAGUGGGAGCAGUAUUGUUACAACAGGGCAUCCUCUGGCAUUUGUGAGCCGUGGAUUGGGCCCUCGCACUCAAGGGCUCUCUACUUAUGAAAAAGAGUACACGGCCAUCAUUCUCGCAGUUGAACAGUGGCAUUCUUAUUUACAGCAUGCAGAAUUCUUGAUUCUUACAGAUCACAGUAGCUUAACUCAUUUGAGUGAUCAACGUUUGCAUACUCCUUGGCAGCAAAAGGUGUUUACCAAGCUCUUGGGUCUUCAAUUCAAAAUCCAGUAUAAAAAGGAGCAGAAAACCGUGUUGCAGAUGCUUUGUCACGCAGACCAUCCCCUGAUGAGCACUUGUUAGCCAUAUCCCAUCACCAACCUGCUUGGCUUCAGGAGGUAUUGGAUUUGUAUCAAGACAAUGCAACAACUCAAGAACUGCUCACUAAACUAGCUGUGCAAACUAGUGUGGAUGAUUCUUACUCCUUGAGGGAUGGUCUUAUUCAUUACAAGGGGCGUUUGUGGAUCCCAGAGGGCGCUGAACUCACCCUCAAGCUGCUGGAUGCGUUCCACACAAGCCCUAUUGGUGGCCAUUCAGGUGUACCAGUGACCCUACGUCGCUUGAAACAAUUGUUUUACUGGAAGGGCAUGCGAGCGCAGGUACGACAUUAUGUGCAAGAAUGUGUGAUAUGUCAAGAGAGCUAAGCCUGAUAGAGCUCUUUAUCCAGGCUUGCUUGAACCAUUGCCUGUUCCCAAAUGUUACUGGCAAAUGUUGACAAUGGAUUUUGUCGAAGGCCUCCCUCACUCUGGCCGCUACAAUUGCAUUUUGGUUGUGGUGGAUAAGUUGUCCCGUUAUGCUCAUUUUCUUGGUCUGCAACAUCCUUUCACAGUGUCGACUGUCAUUUCUGUGUUCAUGGACAAUAUUCACAAAUUGCAUGGGAUGCCAGAAUCAAUUGUGAUAGAUCGUGAUAGAAUUUUCACAAGUCGCUUCUGGAGGGAGAUGGCAGCCUUGACAGGUACUAAAUUGCGUAUGAGCUCGUCUCAUCAUCCUCAAACUGAUGGUCAAUCCGAAUGAGUCAAUCAGUGCCUCGAAGCUUUUUUGCGUUGUUUUACUCAUGCAUGUCCGGUUAAAUGGGCUCAGUGGCUCUCCUUGGCUGAGUAUUGGCACAACACCAGCCCACACUCUGCUCUGGAAGGGAAGUCUCCUUUUGAAGUGCUUUAUGGCCAGUCUCCUCGUACAUUUGGCAUUUCAGCAGAUGACACGUGUACUGUCCCGGAUUUGGAAACCUGGUUGCAUGAUAGAGAUUUGAUGUUGCGUCUUUUAAAGCAACAUUUGGAGCGAGUCAAUUCCAGAAUGAAGCACCAGGCCGAUAAGAAACGAUCUGACCGAGUUUUUGCAGUGGGAGACUCAGUAUUCCUCAAGCUACAGCCAUACAUACAAUCUUCUGUUGCCCCUCGUGCGCAUCACAAGCUGCUGUUCAAAUAUUAUGGACCAUAUCGGAUCCUUGAGAAAGUUGGCGCAUCAGCUUAUCAUUUGGCACUCCCACAAGGCAGCCGCAUCCACCCUGUUCUUCAUGUUUCCCAACUGAAACUUGCUCUGGGACCAAAAAUUGCCAGGUACAGUCUGAACUUCCACCUAUUGACUCUCAGUUUGCUGUCCCUGUGCGUGUUCUGCAGAGGCAUUUGCGUCGCCGUGGCAAUGAAGCUGUUCCUCAGGGUCUCAUACAAUGGUCAGAUCAGCCUGACACACUGGCUACGUGGGAAGAUCUUGAGGAGCUUAAGCAAAGGUUUCCACGAGCUCCAGCUUGGGGACAAGCUGGUUUUCAAGGAGGGGGGAGUGUCAACGCCAAGGCCUCUACGUCCAGCCCACAGGAGGAAGCACCAUUCGUGACCCAAGAGGGAAGGCCCAGCAAGUGGGCCCAUCAUCCAUCGACAAGAUACGCUGAGAAGGAUUGGGUACUGAAGUGAGUCUUUAUAAAUAGCGCAACUGUGUAAUUGGAUGUUGGCGAAUUGGUAAUGGCUGAGGCCAUUGGCUUGUAAAUCAAUCCUUCCUCUGUAAUCGAAUACAUCAAAGAAUACAGAGUGAAUACGAGAUGCCGCCAUAGCUUUCCCCUUC